GUCCCCGCGCAGGCGCGCUCGAGCUGCCACUGGCUUUUCGCACGCGGCUAUGGCGGACCCUGAGCUGCAGCUGGUUGAGCAGCGGGUCCGCAGCUUCCCCGACUUCCCCACCCCAGGCGUGGUAUUCAGGGACAUCUCGCCCGUCCUGAAGGACCCCGCCUCCUUCCGCGCCGCCAUCGGCCUCCUGGCGCGACACCUGAAGGCGACCCACGGGGGCCGCAUCGACUACAUCGCAGGCCUAGACUCCCGAGGCUUCCUCUUUGGCCCCUCCCUGGCCCAGGAGCUUGGACUGGGCUGCGUGCUCAUCCGAAAGCGGGGGAAGCUGCCAGGCCCCACUGUGUGGGCCUCCUAUGCCCUGGAGUACGGGAAGGCUGAGCUGGAGAUCCAGAAAGACGCCCUGGAGCCAGGACAGAGGGUGGUCGUCGUGGAUGAUCUGCUGGCCACUGGUGGAACCAUGAACGCCGCCUGUGAGCUGCUGGGCCGCCUGCAGGCUGAGGUCCUGGAGUGCGUGAGCCUGGUGGAGCUGACCUCGCUUAAGGGCAGGGAGAAGCUGGCACCUGUACCCUUCUUCUCCCUCCUGCAGUAUGAGUGACCGCAGGGCCUCCCAGCCCAGCAUCUCCAGCUGGAUCCCAGGGAAAUAUCGGCCUUGGGCAACUGCAGUGACAUUUGCAGUCACCAGGGGCACCGGCUGCCCACAGGGAACACAUUCCUUUGCUGGGGUUCAGCGCCUCUCCUGCGGCUGGAAGUGCCAAAGCGUGGGGCAAAGCUGUGUUUCAGCCACCCUGGACCCAGUUACACACAGAGGGAGAAGGCAGUAAACAGCUUUGCCACAA